UCCACUGCGCAAACUCCACCAGUUGCUUUGCUCGAAAGGCGGAUGCGCGCUAUGCGCGCGGAGGCCACCGAGAGCAGCGCCUUAACCGCCGGGGCUGCGCAUUUGCUCUGCUUUGCAGGCCUCGCUGCCGCCCACACCCUCGCUGGCCGCGGCGCGCUCGUCUCAGACCCCGCGCUCGCCCUCCGCCUUCUCGUGGUAUUUUCACUGACCUCGCCGCCGCCGGUGCCGGUCUGUGAAGCGCCCAUAGUCAUCGCCGUGUUCAGCUACCUCCGGCGUGAUGCCAAAAGCUGCUCGAUUUUCAAAGCUGUUGCGAGAGGAUUGAUCUGCUUGCCCGUGGGAGCAUUCCUUAAUGCAUUUGGAGCAAUCGUUCUUGGUGCACCUGUUGGAAUCAAAUACUGGAUACCUACUAUAUAUUGGUCACUCCUCAUGUCCCUGUUCACGUUUGUUCCAGCAGCAUGUGUCUUUGGAGCAUCCAAGAUUGAUUGGCAAAAUGUGCUUUCUCACUCCAUUUAUUUCAUGCCAAAUGAUGUUGAGAACUACAUGAUCUCUGCACCUUGUCAUGGAGCUGUGCUAGGAGCAUGGCUCGGUGGUUGGCCUAUGCCCCUUGACUGGGAGAGGCCCUGGCAGGAAUGGCCAAUCUGUGUCUCUUAUGGUGCCGUUGCUGGGUAUUUGGUUGGAAUGGCAGUGUCAGUGGUCCUAGUAGCUGUUCACAAUAGAAGGGUUCGUGCAAAAGCUGACUAGCCUGUGGUCCUGUGGAUGAUGAGUGCAGCUGUCCUAAUAGCUGUUCACAAGAACAAUGUAUUUGCUGAUAACCUAUCUUGUUAGUGUGAGUACUGGUUGUUUCCAAUGUAUAGCUUCAUCCUGGUUCGAUUGCUCUAUUCUUUUUUAAUAUUUUUUUUUGCAGCUGUACAUUGUAAGGGUCUCAGUUCAGUUUUUUUUCCACAGAGAAGAGGGAGAUACUAGUUUAUUACGUAUUCUAUUUUAUGAUGAAUAAACGAAACUUUCCC